AUGCUGCCUCUCCUGCUGGUCACCCUCUUCCCUCUCUCCUCCUGCUUCUCAGCAGGAGGAGGCAGCCCCCUCAGUGAAGGCCUGUGGUUGCUGAAGACCGAGUUUGCCCUUCACCUCUACCGGAGUGCAGCAGCACAGAGAAACGGGACCAACUUUGUCAUCUCACCUGCCAGUGUGUCCCUCUCCCUAGAGAUCCUGCAGUUUGGAGCCCGGGGAAACACGGGCUGGGAGCUGGCAAGUGCCCUGGGAUAUACCGUGCAAGACCCGAGAGUGAGAGAGUUCCUGCACACUGUUUACACCAUGCUGCACAACUCCAGCCAAGGCAUCGGGAUGGAGCUGGCCUGCACUCUUCUCAUGCAGACCGGAACGCCUCUGUCUCCCGGCUUUGUGGAGCAGGUCUCCUGGUGGACCAACAGCAGUCUGGCGCCAGCCAACUUCAGUGAGCCCACCAGCACCACCACGGAGGAGGUCUCGAGGGGCUCACCCAGGCAGAGCACAGGUAAAGGAAAGCCGUCCCCACAGUCGGGGGAGGCUGGCACCGUGUCUUCUUGGCUCUCCAUCGUGAGCACCAUGACCUUCCAAAGCACCUGGCAAAGGAGAUUCUCUUCCAUGGGCUCGCAGACCCUGCCUUUCACCUGUGCCCACGGCCUCGUCCUUCAAGUUCCCGCGAUGCAUCAGGUGGCAGAGGUCAGCUAUGGCCAGUUCCAGGAUGCUGCAGGCCACAGGAUAGACGUUCUGGAGCUGUUGUACCUGGGAAGAGCAGCCAGUUUGUUCCUGGUGCUUCCGCAAGACAAGGACACCCCUCUGGACUGCAUUGAGCCACACCUCACAGCCAGAGCUAUCCACCUCUGGGCCACCAGGCUGAAGAGAACCAGAAUGGAUGUGUUCCUCCCCAGGUUUCGGAUCCAAAAUCAGUUUGAUUUAAAAAGCAUUUUAAGAUCAUGGGGUAUCACUGAUCUUUUUGACCCACUCAAAGCUAACUUGAAAGGAAUUUCAGGCCAAGACAGCUUUUAUGUUUCUGAAGCAACCCACAAGGCCAAGAUGGAGCUUUCCGAGGAGGGCACCAGGUCAUCUGCAGCCACAGCUGUGUUGCUGCUGAGGAGGUCCCGGACUCCUGUUUUUAAAGCAGAUCGGCCCUUCAUCUUUCUUCUGAGAGAACAUAGCACAGGGUUUGUCUUCAAUAUUGGGAGAGUUUCAAAUCCCCUUGACUAAAAUAGCAAAUCUCAAGAAUGUUCUACGUAUGCUUUCCUUCAUAAAUAUUUAUAAUUUCUUUUAAAGGU